AUGGUACUACACAUUGAGGGCCAUUUGUUCGACAAGAAUCUGCUUAACCGGCUCAUGGAUAUCGCUGUAGAUUCACCCUGUGACUUUGAGGUGCAAGACAUACAGUGUGCUAGUCGCAACGAAAACAUCUCGCACUGCAAACUGCGAUUCUGGGGCAAUUCGACCGGAGCGGAUGAUCUGGUACUAUUGAAGAAACAGAUAGGCACUAUGGUUGAGGCUAACGCGUUAAUUUCCGACUGCCGCAUGACCCAACUCUCCGCUACAG